GUCUGGCAUUUGCAUUUCGAAACUGGCACCACCUUCAGCUGGCAAUGUCUGUGCCAAUAUUUGUCUUGCUUAUACCCACAAGGUGGCUGGCAGAGUCAGCUCGGUGGCUGAUUAUAACCAACAAACCCCAGAAGGCCUUACAGGAACUUAGAAAAGUUGCAUGCAAGAAUGGAAUAAAGAAUUCUGAAGAUGUCCUAACCAUGGAGGUUUUAAGAACCAUCAUGAAGGAAGAGCUUGCAAUACCACAAACAAAACCUUCUCUACGUGACUUGUUCCACAUGCCCAACUUGCGAAAGCGCCUUUGUCUCCUGUGCCUUUUGAGACUUCUACAAAUAUCACCUAUUACAGGGAUCACCAUGAACCUCCAACACUUGAAAAGCAAUGUCUUCCUAACCCAAAGUCUUAUUGCUGCAGUCUCGGUCCCAACCACUGUUCUUGGAGGGUUUUUACUGAAUUACAUUGGCCGUAGAAUAAGUCAACUAUUGCCCUGUUUGCUGUUUGGAAUCUUCCUUAUGAGCAUAGUGUCUGUGCCUGAAGAAAUGCAGACUCUGCUUGUGGUUUUGAUAACACUGGCAGGAGGAACUUCUGCUAUGAUGUAUAACAGUAAUAUUCUAUAUUCGAGUGAGCUGAUGCCCACGGUGAUCAGGGCAACAGCAUUAGGAGUCAUUGGAAUUUCUAGUGGUGUGGGAGCAGCCCUGUCUCCCCUUAUUAUGAUCCUCAUGCGGUACUCUGACUCCCUGCCCUGGAUCAUCUAUGGAGUCCUCUCCAUCCUUGGUGGCCUUCUUCCCUUUAUCCUUCCUGAAACCAAGAAUCAGCCUCUGCCUGACUCCNUCCAAGAUGUAGAAUGUGGGUGGAAAAGUUCAAAACAAGAAAAGGAGGAAGAUGUCAUCAUUAAAGUGACUCAGUUUUAAGGAACUCUAGGAAUUGGCCUCCAGUCAAACAUCAAGAUAAAAGAAAAAUGUCAUUCAGGAGUUAUUCUAGGAAUAUUUGCCUCAACUCCAAUCCACUGCAUUUCCCAUGAAAUAAAUAGAGUGAGAAAAAGUUACUGUCAAUCAUACCUGGUCCAGCCAAGGGUACAAAAGACAGACAAAUUCGAAGAAGGACGUUGGGGCAUUGUGUUUGUCAGAAAAGGGAAUGUAGGGUGAUGGGCCUUUUAGUAAUAUGUACAAUCAUGCAUAUAUGUGGGUGGAGGUGUGUGGGUAUGUGUGGAUUGUGGUGGUGGGAGGAUGGAAUUCAUAGUAAAAAAUGCCUGCAAACUCUAAUACUAUGUUUGUCCCACUUCCAACAAGAUGUGGUGGCUGAACAAUGAAUGAAAGUCCGUGGCAAGCCAGUGAACUUCCUGGAGAUGUCCAAUCAUUUUGCCCAGAUGUGAUGGGUGUGCUCUGAAAAGGCAAAGACCACAUGGAUUUCCUACCAGGAUAGCUUCCUGCUGAUAGGCCUUUCCAUGAUAUAUUUCUCAUCUAUCAGGCAUGGCAUAGAGAAAACCUCUCUGCCUAUAGUUUCUUGGGCACUCACCUACUCUAAUGGGCAGAUUAUUUUCAGAAUCAGUAUGAAGAUGUACUUUAUGUAAUGGUACUAUUUAGACAAAUAUAUUAUUCUGUAAUUCCAGGUAAUGAUUUUAUAGAAUUCCUGAAUUGAUUUAAGUAAUCUUAGGCCCCCUGUAUAAUAAGAAAUCUGCAAAAGAGUUCUGCAAACCUUAAUGUAUCAGAAGCACAUGAAUUGUACUAGGAAGAAAAAUAGGCUUGGGACAAUUUUCUAGUCUUGGAAUAGAUUCACUCAAAGGUAGGUCGAGAAAAUAAAUGAUGUCACAAAUGGGAAAAAUAGCUAAUUGAAAUUUACAAAGUGUUAAAAAUGAGAUAUAACAUAUAUGACCUGUUCCUUUGUGAAAACCUUGCUAUGACAUAUAUCUAUUGCUUUCAACUUAUAAUGACAGUUGUGGAAUGAAAAACAGAUAAUACAUUUNCCUUGAACAUA